AUGCCAAAGACAGCAGCAUCCUUAGCUCGGGGCUUAGCCUGUUUAUGUUGUCGGAAGAGGAAACUGAAAUGCGACGGAGGGCGCCCAGUAUGCCGUCAAUGUACGAAGAUGAAUCGAGCGGACGAAUGCGAAUACGACGACAUGAUGGUCAAGAGCAGGACCCAAAAGUUGCAGGAGAAGCUGAUGAUGCUGGAGACCAGACUUCGUGAGCUCGAAUCCGAGCCGUCGCAUUCGUCACAGACAUCGAGCGCCGAGACGUCACCAGCCGAGGCGGGGCCAUCAACGAUGCCACAGAGUGCCAUUCUCGCGCCGUUCCCUCCCUCAGCCAUCACUGAUGGGGAUUUUAACGCCUUAUCAACCACAUUUCAGGACUGGAACACCAUCGAUCCUGCAUGGUCCGCCAAUUCGCCAUCGUCCUCUUCAAGUUCUGUCGAUCUCGUUACUUUUCCCGGGCUCUUCGGAGAUGGGUCUGCAGACCAACUGUGGCCUUCCGUAACAGCAUCUUCGUCUCAGCUUGCGCCUUUCCUUGAGGGGAAUGAUAUUCCAGCAUCAGGAUUCGAAAUCAACCCUGACACGUACCCCGUGUCCACACAUGCAGAUCCAAACUUUGCUCCGUCCUCCUUCCCACAAUGGGAUCCCAAAACACCGUUGCCACACGAACAUAGGACGAUUCUAAUAAAUAUAUUUCUGCGACACCGCCAUCAAUUCUCCUUCGAAGGGGAUAUUUCGAGGUUCGAUGAGUCCGUGCCAGCUGCCCUCUUCCGUCCCGAACCUCAUCCUGCUCUCAUGAACGCUAUUUACCUCCUCGGAUGCCAUUUCGCCCGGUCUCCCUACUACUCCGGUCUCGAGCCUAUAUUUUUCAACAAUGCGCUAACCGAAAUAACCCUGGCGCUCGACAGCUCCGAUCGUCUCGUAGACAUUAUCGAAACCUCGUGUCUUCUUGCCGUAUACCUAUACAUCAACUCUCGUUUUCUCGAGGGUUACUGUCACGCUUUUUCCGCCGCACGCCUCGCCGUCGGUAUCGGUCUGCAUCAGAUUGCGUCGGCGCCGUAUGACUCGACCGCGUCAUCUUCCUCCACCUAUCAACAAGCAACUGUUUCGACUAUUCCUAUACCCGCGCCUCAGUCCCAGGAGGAGAUGCGUGACAGGAUUGCAGCUUUCUGGCAGGUGUUCAUUGUGGAUAGGUGUUGGACAAUUGCAAAUGGUCUUCCGUUGGCGCUACCCGACGGUGACAGUCAUAAUUCGCGCAUAAAGACCCCGUGGCCAAUGCCGCCCGAGCCGGGGAUCGAUGCUUCUACUUACAUUCCACUUCUUCGAGCCAAAGCAGUGGCCCUACUAGAAAGGGCAAGUCUCUCCAAUAAGAACGACGAUUAUUGGGCCAAUUACAACGCUGCUGAAAUUGCAUUAAAACGGCUAUACGCCUCGUUGCCUGCCUUUCUUGGCUUCGAACCUUGGCGGACGCAGGCACCGUUUAUAGACGUUGAGCUGUUCGCCAUCCAUAGUGCGGUCCAUGGCGCGCUCAUAUAUCUCUACAAGGACGUGAAUGAGGAGGAGACGCAGAAGGGCAUGAGGACUGUUCUGUCGCUCGUGCGCCAGCUGAGCAAUGACGAUUAUGAGUUCUUGGAACCUACCCUAUUCGCUACCUGGACCUGCGUAGCGAAGGAAUACAUAAGAUCCAUCCAUAUGGCAAACCAGAAUCCAGGUGGAUCGGACACAUACACUGUUUCUAUUGCCGAACAAGAACUGGACGUGUUAAUUAAUGCUAUGAAGAUGCUGAGCGCCUUUUUCCCAAUUGCGGGCGAGCAUGCCAAGAAGAUUGAGCAAGAGCUACAGCAGAUGCAAGGAUCGACAAGUUGA